AUGCCGGUUACUUUUUUAUCGCUCUAUGAGCUCAAUUCCAACUCGGAGAUAGGGGAGAUCGAGUCCGCUGUGACUACCACAGAGGUACCCGAGCAGGACCCGCUGAGGAUCUCGAGACACCCUAUGGCUGAGGAGACUAAAUGCAGUGCAUUAAUUAAACUAACGCACGACGAUCUUAUCGUAUCACACAACACGUGGACUACCUAUACGGAGAUGCUACGGGUCUACAAGUCAUUCUCCUUCCCUCACAUACAGCAUUCCUCUAUCAGAAGUCAACAGCUCUCUAUGAGCAGCUACCCGGGGUACAUCAGUUCAACGGACGACUGGGUUAUUGUAAUAGGACUGGCUAUAACAGAGACGACAACUGAGUCGAUGUCCGUGAAGCUCCUAGUAGAUAAAGUCCGACCAUUGAGUGUGACUACUGUCAUUCGGAGUGUUGUUGCUACCCUCAUGGCUACCGGUGGUCGAGAUUGGUACAGUACAUUCUCGCGUCACAAUAGUGGUACGUAUAAUAACCAAUGGAUGGUGGUGGAUUUCAAGCCAUUCCGUCGAUGGAACCACAAGGGUAGAGUGGGGCCGAUGGCAAGUGGUACCUUCUGGCUCAUCGAGCAAAUGCCUGGUCUUAUCACUUCACUCAAGGCUGGUGGUUACACGCGAGCGGCAGCAAAACAUGGCCAAUGGUACAAGUACAACGAUUGUCCUAGGGCUAGACUAUUCCGAGAAUGGCAAGGGAUGGUUAAUGAUACUGAUAGUAUGAUGAGGAUUAUGACCUCUAAUUACUGGAAGACCGACCCUCUCUCUGAGAACUGUCCCAAGAACGCUAUCGCUGGCAGGUAUGAUAUACCAUAUGAGCCUCGGAAUGAUAGUGACUACCAAGCAUGUGGUCCAGUGAAGGCAUAUGGAUGUAUUGACUGCAAGGUCACUAGUUCCUCUCUACUCUUAGAGGAUAGGGUCCUCAUGGUCAGCGCUCCUGCCUUUGGUCAAGGGACUGACCCCUUCCAAUGGAGCAAGUAUAUCGGAAAGCCUGUUGCCCACUGGGGCAUGCCAGACCGCUGGCAAUUUCCCUGGCUUGUGUAUUCGGGUAAUCAAGCCGCUGGGCUCGAGUAUAGCAUAGGGAAGACUGCUGCUAGCCCUGAAGAGGUAUUGGCGAGUGAUGACAAUCCUAUAGGAAUGUGA